GUGUCCCUGUACGCACCGGACCGGCCGCCGUCUGUCCGCGGACGCGCCGGUCCUCGAGCGCUCCUGCGCCUCGCCGGGUUCCGCUCCUGCACUCGUCCUCGCGCUUGCUCGUUGCUGCUGCCAGUCGUCCUCGUCCGCUACAUCGCGCUCUGCCGCACGCCAGCAUGUCGGCGCAUCCUCCUACCCCGAACGAGCUCUCGCUCGACUCGAACGUCGCGUCGGCGAUCCACACCUACCGCGAGUUGUGGUACGUCCGGCGAGCCACAGAUCCCGUGAACGAGCGCAUCUCGUACGAGGUCAAGACGAAUGCGCUCCUCGAAUGGCGAGCCACGAUACAGCAACGGGCUGUCGACUGUGUCGGCGGGAGGACGAGCGAGCAGAUCUCGACAGCCUAUAUUCAAGUCAAAGCUCUGCAGGAACGCCGGCGGCUAGACGCCGACCAAAGCCUGCACGACCCAAUCGUCGCCGUCCUGAACGCCUUCUCCAUCGUGCUAGACGAGCGCCGGCAUCCCGUCCCGACCGGUCCUGUGCGCAGCCUCGGACGCUCGAGUCGGGCGCCUUCCUCGAGCCUGGGGCUGCGGCAGCAGAGGCUCUACUUCCAGCGCCGGUAUUGAAGCAGGGAGGUCGCACGGGAUAGAUUGAGCGCGCUGCAAUGCAGCCGUGACGCGAGUCUUGCAAGCCGUGAGCGUCUCGCGAAUCGAGAAGGCUUUGCGACUUGAGAAGGUCGCCGCGGUUCGAC